AUGAAGGCUCUUCAAAGUUAUCUCUAUACAUCUCUCUUCGUGGGAACUUCCCUCGCAGCCCGAGGAGGCCACUGUCCCCCUCUAGGCCCUGUCCUUCCUCCUCCCCUCAACCCAAGCACACACUCCUCCGUCAAAACCGCCCUCAACAACAUCCAAGACCUCUUUGACACUGCAACAUCCGAGCUUGUAAACUCGUCAGUUGCAGUAGCCAUCAAAUCCACCAACGAAGAUGACUUCAUGUUUGAAUUCGCCAGCACACCUCCCAACGUUGACCCUCGUGGCGUUGACGAGGUAGAUUCAGAUACUGUCUUUCGUAUGGCCAGUCUGUCCAAGGUCUUUCCCGUUCUUGCGCUGUUGAAGUUACAUAAAGUCAACUUUGAUGAUCCGGUGACAAAGUACUUGCCUGAGCUUAGGAAGUUGAGUAAGAGUGCCAGGAAGAGGGACGCUGUUUGGGAGGUGGACUGGGAUGAGAUUACUAUUGGAGCUUUGGCUUCACAUAUCAGUGGCGUUCCAGCUGACCUGGCUACUGAUGCCGAACCAUACGGUGACUGGACGCAGCUCGGAUUCCCUAAGCCUGAUCCUUCCAGGAGCCUCAACUGCUCAGGGAUUCUAGGUAUUCCAGAAUGCACAAAGAAAGACUUCUAUGAACGAUUCGGUGAAAGACCUCCUAUCUACGCCCCCUUCGAAUCAAACCCAGUUUAUUCAAACACCGGCUGGGCUUUGAUGGGUUUCAUUAUCGAAAAGGUCAGCGGUAUGCCGUCUGGCGAUUUCAUCAAGAAACACAUCUGGGAUCCUGUAGGUAUGGACCAUACAUAUGGUGAGAAGCCUGAUGAUGCUUUGGGUUUCAUUCCUCCUGGUGAUUUGUGGUGGAACGCCACCCUUGGCUAUGGCGACCCUGCUGGAGUUUACUAUUCCUCCUUGAACGAUAUCAUGGCUUUUGGCGAUGCUAUACUGAGCUACAAGCUCUUGAGCCCAGCGCAAACCAGGAAAUGGAUGAAACCGGCUACCAGUACCUCAUCAAGAGGCGUUCUUUUGGGUGAACCCUGGGAGAUUCACCGCUCCAACAACGUCACAAAAGAUGGUCGAAUGAUCGAAUUUUAUACCAAAGCUGGCGACAUCACCACCUACCAUUCACUCAUGAUCCUGGUCCCAGACUACAAUAUUACUAUCGCCCUCUUCGACGCCGGUCCAAUCGACGAGAUUGGCGGCUCAAACCUUCAGGUCUGGUUUUCAAACAUUGUCCAGGAACUUCUUCCUGCUCUUGAACAAGCUGGCAAGGAUGAAGCAGAAAAGAAGUACGGCGGUACAUACUCCGACGCUGAGACUGAAUCAUCUAUUACCCUUUCAGUGGACGAUGAACCAGGUUUCAAAGUCACAAACUGGACAGCCAACGGCGUUGAUAUCGCAAAAACAUACCUAAGUUUCGCCCUACCACCACAGUUUCCCACUCCAGAAGGACUCAUUCGUUUCCGGUUGUACCCUACAGGUCUUAAAACUGACACUGAGACUUCGUGGCGAGUCUCGGCUACAGCGGGUACAGAGGAAGAUGUAGCUGCGGCAGAUUCUAUCUUUGCUUGGCCUGAUGCAAGUUGUGUCACCUGGGCAUCGAUGGAUAGAAUUGUCUAUCAGCUUUUGGCUCAGGAUCACUUCGUGUUUACAGAGAGUGGGAAGGGCAGUGAAAGACGUGCUGAGCAGCUUGAACUUGUUGGGUAUAGGGUUAACUUGACAAGGGAGGAUUGA